AUGAACCCUCCGUGUGCGCGCUGUGGGAAAAUUGUCUAUCCGACGGAGAAAGUCAACUGCCUUGAUAAGGUGAGAUGAUCACAAUUUCAAUGCACUGUUAUGAUGACGUCUAUAUCAGAAUUGACUGCGCUGUAUUUUUCAGGAGUCUGUUGGGGGAUUUUUAAAACUUUGAUUCAAACUUAUCAGAAUAGCCUACAUUUGACUAUACAAAAAGUUAUUUUUUUUGUGUGGUUUUGGUUAGCUUGUGUUACUCUCAUGGUAAGUGUAUUAUAAUAACCUAUCUAUUGUAGUAUAUACUAAGAAAAAGGGCUUCCAUCUCCUACGGGGACAGUUGGAAACCCUUUUAGGUUCUAGAUAGCAUCUUUUUUUCUAAGAGUGUAGGAGGAUGCAUCAUAUUGACAUGGCUAGGGGAUGGAAUAGACUGCAAGUUUACCCUUUAUCCCCUGAAUGACAUAUUCUCAGAUUUGUACAAUAGGGAAUGACUGGCAUUUUCUUGCAUGUGAUCCUUUCUUUUUUACCUGCGCAUCCUUUUUGUGCACUUGAUCAAAAUAUGAAUUCUGGUUUAUGGUUGAAUAUGGCCUACAACUAGUUAAUGAUCGAUUAAUAGCUACUUUGCAUUAUUUUUGUCUAUAUCAGACCUAGGUCUAUACUACCCUACUACUACUGCUACUACUGCUACUGCUACUACUACUACUAUGUUUACCACUACUACUACUGCUACUGCUACUACUACUACUAUGUUUACCACCACUACUACUGCUACUACUACUACUACUACUACUACUACUUUUACCACUACUACUACUACUACUACUACUACUACUACUACUACUACUACUACUACUACUACUACUACUACAGUUUAAUAAUAGUAAGGUUCUUUAGGAGUGAGCGUCUUAUGUCAAAGUUGUCGAAGACCAACCCUAUAUAGCCUUUAUCUUGACCACUUUUGUAAACUAUCAACUUUUCCGCAGGCCUACCCAUUACCUAAACCCCUAACCCUGGUCCUGGCCAUAUGGCUUUUUGGCACCAAUGUGGCACACUUUCUGAGGACAUCACACACAUGCAAUCCACAUGAACACAUCAUGGGCAUUGAAUACUGUCUGGCACCCAUCCAAACAAAUCCAUGGCCGAAAAGCCAGUGGACAGUCGUAGCACCGGUAUAUCUGCAACCAAAUGCAUGGCCUAUUGUAGGCCUACAGCUCAGAACCCUAUACAUACACCAGAGACAUAUUCUUAGUAAAAUGAUUUACUCAAUUUAGAAUCAGUAAUCUCCUCAGAAUGAGUUGAAAUAGAUAACCUUUUUUAAAUUAAUAAACCUUUCUUCUUGAGGGCCUUAUUAAUUCACAAACUGGUCAUUUUUGUUAGAACCACUUCUCUUGGUUGUGAUAAUAGAAAUCUGGAAUAUCAGUAAUCUCUACGCCUCCAAUUAAUAACGGCGAUUAUUGAUUCACAAUUAUCAGAUUUGAGCACCGGCACAAGGUCAAACUGACUUGAAAUAUAAUUUGUGUUUUCUUUUCCAGAAUUGGCAUAAAGGAUGCUUCCACUGUGAGGUGUGCAAAAUGACCCUCAACAUGAAGAACUACAAAGGCUAUGAUAAGAAGCCCUACUGCAAUGCGUGA